AAGACAUUAUUUUUAGUUAUAUCAGAAUAAUGUAUUGUAAUGACAUUUAUCUACACUUGUUUUGUCAUCUGUCGUCGAUUUUCAUGUUACAAGUAGUUGGACACUUGCCAGACUCGGACUUUUAGCACGUGUUUGUGCUAUAGUAAGUCUGUCCCAGGUUACCAUUUGGCGUUUACCUUUCCAUAGGUUGUUAGGAUUAAGCCAACUUUUAGCAUGUUUAGAGAGACAGAGCUCUUCUUCUGGCUAGAACAGCUGUAGAAGUGUUUUAGCAUGUUUAGACUCGGAAUAGACAGCCUGCGCCAGUCUAGAAUGUUGUUAUAAAAAGAAAAUCGAAACCAAAUAUGAUAUUAUAAUAAGAAUUACAAAACGGUUAAAAAUUAUACACCUCCAAAUGCCCAGUAUUAACCUGUUAACUGUUAACACAUGUUGACAAAUUGACCUACAACAUAGCCAUCAAUGGGAAGUAACAUGCUAAAAUUGCAUCAUUUAAAAUUAUAAUAUUGAUAAUAUUAAAGCCUACAUGUUAACAGUCAAAUGUUAAUUAUCAAAGUAACUUAAGAAAGUUUAUUUUUUUUAUAUAUAAAUGUCGCCUUCCUGCACAUGCCAUGGCCUGAGGAGCUUUUUUAUAUGUGCCUUUUAAGCGUGCAUGCCUAAAAUUGAGAAAUGUGUUCAGCAUGCUUGUUAUUUGAGAUACAUGUAGAGAAAGUUAAAAGCUAGUUCAUGGUCUAUGAUAAGAUGAGUAGGGAAGACUACUACCCAAUGGAGACGAAGGGGAGCCCUAGGAGCUACAGUCCUCACAAGAAUGGUUGUCUGAUGGACAGGAACUCUGAGCAAACAGAGAGCUUCCUACCUGUCAAGGUAGAACCAGGCCUAGACUCUCUGAACAAAAAUCCUGAGGACUUCACAUGCAUGCCAGAGGAGGAUAAUACUCCACCUGACAGAUUCAGAUUAGUUUUUUUCAUCAUGGUUAUACAUGGAGUUGGAAUUCUGAUGCCUUGGAACAUGCUUAUCAAUGCAAAAACAUACUUUGAGGAAUACAAGUUGGGCAAGAAUGAGACAGAGGUUGUGGAGCUGAAGGGGAAGUUUAUGUUUUACCUAGGAAUCUUCUCACAGGUCCCAAACUUUGUUAUGAGUGGUAUCAACACUUUCUGCCAGUGUGGAGGACAAGCAUCCCCUCGGAGAAUCAUCAUCUCUAUUAGCGUGAUGAUUUGUGUUUUCAUCGCCACAGUUGUCCUAGCCAUGGUGGACUCCAGUGAUUGGUCGGUUGAGUUUUUCUGGAUCACUAUGAUGACAGCUGUCAUUCUGAACAUGGCUACUGGUGUGUACCAGAAUAGCACAUUUGGCUUGGCAGCCAUUUUACCAAUGAAGUAUACGAAUGCAAUUGUGUUGGGAACAAACCUCUCUGGUGUGUUUAUAGCUGUUGUUAACAUCAUCAGCAUCAUAAGUGCCCCUGACCCUCGUACUCAGGCUAUAUACUAUUUUGUCUCUGCCAUUGCUGUUCUACUGAUAGCAUUUGAUGCCUACUUCCUUCUUCCAUUGACUAAAUUUUACCAGCAUUUUCGAGCAGCAAUCCGUAGGCAACAGAACACAAGUGGUCCAUCACGUACGUUCUCAGAAACCUGCUCUCUGUUUGGUCAAGUUCUGAAGAAGAUCUGGGUUCAAGCUCUCUGUGUGUGGUUUGUUUUCUUCGUAACCUUGACAAUAUUUCCAGGCAUUUGGAGUAAUGUAUCCAAAAAAGACUUUCCAAUUGAAGACAAGUACUGGGUGGCUGUGUUUUGUUUCCUUAGUUUCAAUGUCUUUGCAUUUCUUGGAAACAUAGUGUCAGAGUGGGUUAAAGUUCCUGGCCCACGUUUUAUUUGGAUUCCAGUUCUCUUGCGAGGUCUUCUCAUCCCCUUCUUCCUCUUCUGUCGAUUUGAAGUGGAGAACAAAGAGCGUACAUUUCCAAUCCUAAUUGAUAAUGAUUAUAUUUACAUUGUGGGCGGGAUUGUUCUUGCCUUCACUAGUGGAUACUACAGUAGUCUUACCAUGAUGUAUGGUCCAAAGUUGGUUGAGCCUGAAGUGGCAGGAAUUGCUGGGAUGAUAAUGGCUUUCUGUCUUGUGAUGGGAAUAACCACUGGCGUCAAUUUCUCUCUAGCUGUGGCAAGCAUGGCAACAAAGUGAAGAUGGGACCUUGGACCAAAGAAACCAAACAGCCUGGAAACUGUCAAAAUAUCACAAAUACUGCCCUCCUAAAACAGUAACAAAUCAGGCACAUUCUGUGUUUUUACAGCAUUCGUUCAUGUAUAUGAUGCCAGUCAACAUAUGUACUAGUUAUGUAAAAAGGGCAUUCUUUGACAUAUCGAAUUCUGGGAAAUGACUAAAUUAAAACCAGCUUAAAUCGCAGACCUGAUUUCAGUUGUGUGUACUCUUUAUAAUUUUACCAGUAGGAUGUAGAAACAAGUACACAUUUACAAAUUUUUAGUCCUACUAUUUUGUCAUACCCUAAUAAACUGGGAUUACUAUUUGAUUAUCAUCAUGGCUGCUGUCUGCUAGUCCCACUUUCAUGUCCAUAACUUUUUAGCUUACCUAAAUUGAAGGUUGCAGUGAGCUUUCUUAAAGCUUUUGUCUAAUGUGUAUCUGUACUUCCUCCAUUUGUAAACUUUCACUUUUUUACCUUAUCUCCAGAAUCACAUGGCCAAAUUUAACCAAUCUUUGUACAAGCAUAUUUAUGAUAAGAAACAUCUAAAUUGUUAAAAUUUAAGGAUUAUAAUGGAAGAACAUUUUUUUGAUACACAAAAUAAACAAUGCUGAAAAUAACCAAAUGCUUACUAUUCAAAAUUAUUGAAACUCAGAAUCCUAGAUCAACUAUGGAAGGUUCUCAAAAGUUAACAAACAAAUUAUUUUGCAAGAAUCUUGUUACACCUAUGAAUUUUUUAAAAAAAUAUAUUUUUUAAUUUGUUUCACCAAAUUAUUUGUCUAAUUAAGAACCGGUGUGUUCAGGUUCACAGAAUGGCCCAUGGACCUCUUGUUUAAUGAGAAAUAUCAGAGAUGCAAGCUUGGCACUAAGGUUGCUCAUGAUCUGAUGAUGUGUUAUGUGACUGUGUAACUGUCAAUGUCAAUAUUCCUAGGUCAAGGUUUUAUCAGACUAAAUUUUUGUAUUUCUUGAAAAGAUCCUUUUUCAUCAGAAUUUCUUUAAUGGCUUUAGUUCAUGUUUUUGUUAAGUGAUUAGAACUUUCAAACUUUCAGGUUAGAAGCUGUUGAAAUACAUGUACAAGCAUGUAGAUUCUGUAUGUUGUAAUUUUUUGUUUUGAACUAUUAUAGUUAUAUUUGUUGUAUAAUAAUUAUAUUAAAUCUUUGAGGCAAU